AUGUCCGCUGCUCUGAGUAUUGACAUAUUGGGAACUAUCGGCAGCAUCGGGGUUCAGAAGCGACUGGUUAUUCAUCGCAUUGGUCAGUGUGUCGAUCAGAAAGAUCUUCCCGUUUUCAUGCCAGACUUCCAAGUUACGCAGUACAACAAAACCCAGACCCUGGUUAGUGGAGACGUUUACUUCCACGAAGAUUUUCCAAAUGGAUGGAAAGCUUCUGUAACGGUUAAGAAUUGUGACGAUUUUCGACCCUCGGCCACCUGUCGACCGUUUCUGGACAACAUAGCCGAUUCCGAUAUUUGCACCCUGCUGGCCGCUUCGGACACCAUCUAUGGAAGUUAUCUUUCCUAUGUGAGGCCUAAGGCUCGCUGUCCACUGCUCAAGGGUAACUAUACGGUGCGAAACCAGCCGGUCGAAGAUGACACCACCCGAUUUUUGCCCGGAAGUGGAAUCACCUAUUGGGAUGCCCGAAUUGUCGGUAUGGUUGGCGAACGAAUGGUUUCCUGCUUUGUGCUGCAAGUUAUCGCUCGACCGAAGAAAGUUCGAAGCCAGUGA